AUGGCUCCGUGUAAAUAUGUGGUGGGCACCAUGAUGGCAGAUGGCAGAGAGAUCCCCAUAACUCCACAUGAACAUGAUCUGGAUAUUACAUUUGGCUUUGCCACUUCUUGUGACUUCAAUAGAAGUGGGCUCAAACUCAACACCAUUGACUCCAUCAUCAUCAAUGCCAAAUAUGCGGAGACUAUUGAUGAAAGGGGUGAUACUUUUAUCCCUCCAACUCUUAAAUCUUUCGCCGAAACUUUCGCAAGCGACCUGAAAUCUGUGCACCUCAAACCGUCAGUUCAUGUGGGUGACAGAGCCUCCUCUGGAUCCAUCUUCCUCACUCUGGGGGACCCGAGUGACUACCGUGAUGCUGCAGGGCGAGAAACAUCCGAAGGAUACGCUCUCAAUGUCUCAUCCUCAGGAAUAACCAUUACCGGGGCAAGCCCUUUGGGAGUAUGGUGGGGCACACGCACAGUCCUCCAGCAGGCCUCUCUAUCCAACGGUACUAUCCCAUAUGGCUCCGGCAUCGACUCCCCAGGAUGGGCCACUAGAGGAAUGAUGCUGGAUGCUGGACGUCAUUAUUACCCACCAGAGUUCCUCAUCGAGAUGUGCGCAUACAUGUCUUUCUUCAAGCAGAACACCUUUCAUGUACAUCUUAGCGACAACUUGUACAACAACGUGGAUAUAUACAGUCGCGAGCAAUCCCUAGAACUUUAUGCUAGGUUUAGGUUGUGGUCUGACUCCAAAGACGUGGCCGGUUUAAACAAGCACAAGAACGAGUCCUAUACGAGGGAGCAGUUUGACAACAUACAGUCAGCGUGUGCAGCUCGAGGGGUUACUAUUCUCCCAGAGAUCGAAGCUCCCGGCCACUCUUUGGUCUUUGUUCAGUGGAAGCCUGAGCUUGGGUUGGAGAACGACCUGAGCCUACUAAAUAUAUCCAACCCGGAAACGAUUCCAACCAUGAAAACGGUUUGGAGUACCUUUCUCCCAUGGUUCCACACGAAGACAGUGCAUAUUGGAGCCGAUGAAUACACAGCUGAAGUAAACGACUACAAUAUCUUCGUAAAUGCAAUGGCGGACCAUAUUCAUACCGAAUCUAAUAAAACUAUCAGGAUUUGGGGCACAUUUCCACCUAACUAUACUCAGCCAGGGUACAUCAACAUUUACAGGAAUGUGUCGGUACAACAUUGGGAAUACUUCGAAGACAAUCCCCUUUACGACUACAUCCGCAACAAAUACACAGUUUUGAAUUCUGAUGAUACCUUCUACGUCGUCAAUAAAUGGUCCGGAAGCUAUCCGCAGAUGGUCAGCAUCACAAAAACUUUUAAUGGCAACCCAGCCACCAAUAACGGCACGUGGUAUCCGUACGUUUUCGACACACAUAACAGUUCCAAUAACCCGGUUCGGUCCGAGCCACUUGUGCUAGGCGAGAUUGCACCGUUGUGGAAUGACUACGGCGCGAAUACGAGUGUUUACACCGAAGCUUACUAUGCAUGGCAAGAAGGAAUUCCGGCCUUGGCAGACAAGCAAUGGGGAGGUGAUCUCACUGCGGAGGAACUCAACGGAAUACUUCAGACUCUUCUUCCUUCCAUCCCCGGGCAGAAUCUACGGCGCAGUAUUCCCUCAAAGUCGUCUACAAUUCUGGAGUAUUCCCUAAGAAAUGCGUAUAGCUCUGCAAGUAACAGAUCAGCCAAGAUUUCCGACCAGUCCGGCAAUGGAUACGAUGGCUCCACAAACUGCCCGAUAUCCAAUACCUCUAUCGCUAUCAACUCCUCAUGCUCUCUUACAACGCCCCUCUCGUCGAAAGGAAGAGACUACACCCUAACCCUCUCCCUCCUCCUCAUUACCCUCUCCUCCCCCACCAACGCAACCCUCGUCUCAGGCGCCGACUCAGCCCUCAUGCUAACACCCAACAUCACCCUCUUUGCAUCCGGCUCGUACUUCCGUCUCAAUUCAUCACUCCCCAUGAACCAAAAGUUCUCUCUCAGUAUCCUCGGCCGAGGAAACCAGACAUUCGCCAAGCUCGACGACGGCGCCGAAGAAGAAUUCCUAACAAAGAUGGGCAUCAAUGGAGAAAGAUUUGUAUGGGCGCCGAUGGGAAUCGAAGCGCCCUUGAAAGAAGUUGGUGGCGCGGGUUGUGGGUGGAAUGGAGAGUUGUAUGGGAUGAAGCUGACGAAUGUGGCUUAGAAAGGUUGUGAUGAUGGGCUAUUGAGUAACUGUCAUAUCACAACCCCUCUCGGUCGUGGAUAAGUAUUGUUGAGGCAGAUUCAGCGCGAAGAUUUCAUACGGAAAUAGAUAAUCAAGAUUUAAAGUUUGAGUGUUCGAACCCUCUCCACUCCACAUUCUGAGAUCUGGGGUGUUCGAUCUACUUACUGCGGGGUAGUCUGUAUUUGCUUUUGUGUGGCUGGCUGAACACGAUGCAGCUUUUGGUGAGGCUUCUGGAAUGAAUAAUGAUGUGCAGAUGUGACAGAUUAGCGAUAGGACUGAGGAUCUCUGAG